ACCUGUCAACUAAGGCAGCAAGCUUCUUAGACAGGAACAGGCUGAGAACCUUAUGAUUCCCCGACCUUCUGCCCACCAUGAACACUGAUGAUCAUUAUUAUUCCCAAGCACAGAUUUACAAGGAGUCCUGUGCAUUUCAGAGAGCUCAUGGACAGGACUAUAACCCAAGCCCACCAGCAUGUCUCUACAUGGGAAGGCAGCAACCAGUCUCCUACUCCAACCCCCUGGUGGCUCUGGAUCCAGGAAGCCCCCCAGAUAUCUCACCUUAUGAGGUGCCACCAAUAUCUGAGGAACCUGUUGUACCUCAUCUUCAUCACCAUCACCACCACCAUCUCCCAGGUAUUCCUCACCCACAGCAGCAGGGAAUGGCAUUCCAAGAAGACCCUGAGAAUGGAAUGUUGGAUAGAACCCUCCUACCCUUCCCAUGGAUGAAAUCUACCAAGUCACACACAUGGAAAGGACAAUGGGCAGGUGGAUCAUACAUGAUGGAACAAGAAGAGAACAAGAGAACAAGAACCGCGUACACAAGGGCCCAGCUUCUGGAGUUGGAAAAAGAGUUCCUUUUCAAUAAAUAUAUAUCAAGACCUAGAAGGGUAGAGUUGGCAGUUAUGCUCAACCUGACCGAAAGACACAUAAAAAUCUGGUUCCAAAACCGUAGAAUGAAAUGGAAGAAAGAAGAAGAUAAAAAGAGAGGAAGAGGAAGUGACCCAGAGCAAGACUCUGUGGUAUCUUCUGGUGAUAUAAAGGAUGAACCUCAGUGUCAUGGAAAUACACCUUCCUCAAGAGACCUUGUGCUCUCCCCUCCUCUUCCAAUCUCAUCUUCAUCACAACCUAGUUCUACACCAUCUACUGGACCACUGAGGCAGGCAGAAAAACGAUAAUUUAUAUAUUAAAAAAAAUAAAAAAACAUGUUAGAUCACAUCUUGUGAAAACUGAAGUAUUAAAGAAAUAAUAAUUUCUUGGACACAAUAAACAGAAAGCAAUGGCUUCAAAAUAAGCCAUCUUCGUCAGUAAAUUACAUUUAAAUAAGAUCCAUGCCUUUAUAUAGUAGUUAUAAAAAUCUCCUUAAGACUCUGUAAAUGUCAAUUUUUAAAAAAGUAUUUGUAGUAUUAUACUGUCAUGUAUGUAUGUAACUAUGUAUAAAGUGGCUUUAAAUAGAGAAUACUGUCCGUAAGGUGUUUUAAAAAAUGAACUAGAAUUUGCCUGUCAGGGUCUUCAGAUGAUAGCCUUAUAAUGGAAAUUAAAACCACGUGAUAUAUAUUUUUGAUUAUAUUUUUAUUAAGUCCUUAUUUUUUCUCAGUUAGUGGUGAGUAUCAGAAAGUUUACCCAAGAUGUCCAUAUCCCAACAUGACAAACAAGACUAACUAUCAGU